UGACUUGAGACUCCAGUGUUUGUGUGGAUGUGAAGUCUCUGAGUGUACAGACAGGAAUUCGGCUGCUGCAGGACUUUUCUCCGCGACUCAGACUUGUGUCUUUUUGGCGCCUGUCGCGGACAGCGUAGAUAAAACCAGCGUGACAGAUGCGAAAAUGCGAGAAGAAACCCAGGAAGAGAGCGUGUGCUUAUUAAAAAUUCAGCGCGGGAGAACAGACAUUAUCGCCGUUUCAGACGUGUGGCAGCACUGAGGAGAGACUAAAGCACUGGCGGACUUCAAACAUCUCUCAACGGACGGAAACCAAGCGGGGUUUUUCCUCGAAAAGACGAGCUUUCUCUCAGCGUCCAAACCCCAGAGGGAAGGGGAGGAGAGGGGGGCUAAGAAAACGCCCUGCCGCCGCCGCUGCUGCUGAAGCCUGUUGCUGCUGUCUCCAAAUUCAAACUUUGUCGCUGAGUUGUGGAAAAAAAAAAAAUGCACCCUUCAUUUACCGGGAGGUGAAAAUUCAUGUGUACCGUUUCGUGUUUGUGUGUUAGCUCAGAGUCGCUGGCUAACCGAAGGCCCCCUCACUUUUGUAAGUUUUUUUCCAAGUCUCUUCGCUUUGGGAAUAUUUUCAUUGUGCACACUAUUCCUGUUGGAGGCGAGUUGGGUGGGCUGAGAGCCCAGGGCUGCUCCGCUAGGCCCACGGCCAUUAGCGACGAACAAAGAGGGUUCAUGUAAAUUCAAACACUUUGGAAACCUGCUCCGGUAUUAGUCAACUGUUUAGAACCAUCACUGCCGUCGCAGUCAUGUCGCUGGGCGCAGAGAGGAGGAUGGAAACCCGGCUGAAGAGGCUGGAGGACAUGAUCAGAGACCCCCGGUCCUCCGUCAACUUGGAAAGUUUGCUGGACUCCAUGAACGCCCUGGUCUUAGACUUGGACUACCCUGCACUACGCAAGAACAAAAACAUUGAAAACUUCAUAAACAGAUAUGAGAAAGUCAUAGGACAAAUUCGAGACCUCCAGAUGAAGUCUGAAGACUUUGACAGAGUGAAAGUCAUUGGUCGAGGGGCAUUUGGUGAAGUUCAGCUGGUCAGACAUAAAGCCUCACAGAAGGUUUACGCCAUGAAGCUCCUGAGCAAGUUUGAAAUGAUCAAGCGCUCAGACUCUGCCUUUUUCUGGGAAGAGAGGGACAUCAUGGCCUUCUCUAACAGUCCGUGGGUUGUGCAGUUGUGCUGUGCCUUCCAAGAUGAGCACUACCUCUACAUGGUGAUGGAAUACAUGCCAGGAGGUGAUUUGGUCAAUCUGACCAGCACCUAUGAUGUACCGGAGAAAUGGGCCAAGUUCUACACAGCAGAGGUUGUGAUGGCCUUGGAUGCUAUUCACUCCAUGGGCUUCAUCCACCGUGACGUCAAGCCAGAUAACAUGCUCCUGGACAGACUUGGACACCUCAAGCUGGCCGAUUUUGGCACAUGCAUGAAGAUGGACUCAACCGGCAUGGUGCAUUGUGACACAGCAGUUGGGACUCCAGACUACAUCUCUCCUGAGGUGCUCAAGUCCCAGGGAGGAGACGGAUAUUAUGGGAGAGAAUGUGACUGGUGGUCUGUAGGGGUCUUCAUCUUUGAGAUGCUUGUUGGUGACACGCCUUUCUAUGCGGACUCUCUGGUGGGAACGUACAGUAAAAUAAUGGACCACAAGAACUCGCUAAACUUCCCAGAUGAUGUAGAUAUCUCCAAAGAUGCUAAGAAUAUCAUCUGUGCUUUCCUGACUGACAGGGAGGUACGAUUAGGCAGGAACGGCGUGGAGGAAAUCAAACGACAUCCUUUCUUCAAGAAUGACCUGUGGACUUUCGACACCAUCAGAGACGCGGUUGCCCCUGUGGUCCCAGAGCUGAGCAGUGACAUAGACACCAGUAACUUUGACGAGAUUGAAGAAGACAAAGGUGAUGUGGAAACAUUCCCCACACCUAAGGCCUUUGUUGGAAACCAGUUACCGUUCGUUGGCUUCACUUACUUCAAAGAAGACCAAUUAUUAAAUGCCUCCAACAAUUCUUCAGUGUCCCAUGAGAAUUCAAAAGGAGAGUCAGUAGCACUACAGAAGAAACUUCACCACGUAGAGGGGCAGCUCAAUAAUGAGAAACAGGCCAAAGAUGAUCUGGAGCACAAAUACAGAACUGCCACUAGUCGUCUGGACAAAAUCUCUAAAGAGCUUGAGGAUGAGGUGAGUGGAAGGAAGAACCUGGAGUCGAGUCUGAGGCAGCUGGAGAGAGAGAAGGCACUGCUGCAGCACAAGAGCCUGGAGAGCAGCCGGAAGGCAGAGAACGAGGCUGACAGGAAGCGCUGCCUGGAGAAUGAAGUAAACGGCCUGCGAGACCAGCUGGAUGACAUGAAGAGAAGAAACCAGAAUUCACACAUUUCAAAUGAGAAGAAUAUUCACCUACAGAAACAGCUCGAAGAGGCCAACACGCUGCUUCGGGCCGAGUCUGAGGCAGCGACGAGGCUCCGUAAAGCCCAGACUGAAAACAGCAAGCAGCUGCAGCAGCUAGAGGCCAACGUACGCGAACUGCAGGACAAAUGCUGCCUGCUGGAGCGCAGCAAGCUCAGUCUGGAGAAGGAAUGCAUCAGCCUGCAGGCGGCUCUGGAGACGGAGAGGCGAGAGCAUAGCCAGGGCUCAGAGACCAUCAGUGACCUUAUGGGACGGAUCUCUGGUCUGGAGGAGGAGGCACGUCAGCAGAGACAGGCUCUGUCCAAAGCUGACACUGAGAAGAGACAGCUUCAGGAGAAACUCACUGAUCUGGAGAAGGAGAAGAGCAACAAAGAGAUUGAUUUGACCUACAAGCUGAAGGUGCUGCAACAGGAGCUGGAGCAGCAGGAGACUUCUCACAAGGCCACCAGGGCAAUGCUGGCAGACAAGAGCAAGAUCAAGGUGACCAUUGAGGGCGCCAAGUCAGAGUCCAUGAAGGAGAUGGAACAGAAGCUGGCGGAGGAGCGAGCAGCCAAACUGCGCCUGGAGAACAGAAUACUGGAGCAGGAGAAACACAGCAGCAUGAUGGACUGUGACUAUAAACAGGCCUUGCAGAAACUUGAUGAGCUGCGCAGACAUAAGGACCGUCUCACUGAGGAGGUGAAGAACUUGACGCUGAAGAUCGAGCAGGAGACACAGAAACGCACGCUGACUCAGAACGACCUGAAGGCACAGAUACAGCAGCUCAAUGCUCUGAGAACCUCGGAGAAACAGCUCAAACAGGAAACUAAUCACCUGCUGGACAUUAAACGCAGCUUGGAGAAACAGAACCAAGAGCUGCGCAAAGAACGGCAGGACACUGACGGGCAGAUGAAGGAGUUACAGGACCAGUUAGAAGCCGAACAGUAUUUCUCUACAUUGUACAAGACCCAGGUUCGUGAACUGAAGGAGGAGUGUGAGGAGAGGAACAAACUCCUUAAAGAUGUUCAGCAGUCUCUGCAGGAUCUACAGGAGGAGAGGGACUCACUGGCGGCUCAACUGGAGAUCACUCUGACAAAGGCUGACUCGGAGCAGCUGGCACGCUCCAUUGCGGAGGAGCAGUACUCAGACCUGGAGAAGGAGAAGAUAAUGAAGGAGCUGGAACUGAAGGAGAUGAUGGCCCGGCAUCGCCAAGAGCUGGCUGAGAAGGACAUCACCAUCGGCUCACUGGAGGAGGCCAAUCGCACCCUGACCAGCGAUGUUGCCAACCUCGCCAAUGAGAAGGAGGAGCUGAACAACAAACUGACGGAGGCAAUUGAAGAGUCAGAGAAGUCAAGGGAUUGGGAGCAGCAGAUCAGCCAGAUGAGGCUGGGAUUUGAGAAGCAGCUGCAGUCUGAGAGAACGCUGAAAACACAGGCCGUCAAUAAGCUGGCAGAGAUCAUGAACAGGAAGGAGGUGCGUGGCGGAGGCAGUCGCCGCGGUAACGACACAGACAUGCGGCGAAAGGAGAAGGAGAACAGGAAGCUGCAGUUGGAGUUGAGGUCGGAGAAGGAAAAGCUCAACAGCACCAUCAUCAAAUACAACAGAGAGAUCAACGAAAUGCAAGCACAACUGGCAGAUGAGAGCCUGAUGCGUAUCGAGCUGCAGAUGGCCCUGGACAGUAAAGACAGUGAUAUUGAGCAGCUGAGAAAUCUUCUGCAGUCGCUCAGUGUUCAGUCAAUGGACUCUGCCAGUGUGAGCAGUGGACCAGAGUUUGAUGCUGAUGAUGCGUACACAGAAACAAGGCUUGAGGGGUGGCUCUCUCUCCCCGUGAGAAACAACACCAAGAAGUUUGGAUGGGCGAAAAAGUAUGUUGUCGUGAGCAGCAAGAAGAUUCUCUUCUACAACAGUGAGCAAGACAGAGAGCAGUCUAUUCCCUACAUGGUGCUUGACAUAGACAAACUCUUCCAUGUGAGGCCUGUCACUCAAACGGAUGUGUACCGUGCCGAUGCCAAAGAAAUCCCCAGGAUAUUCCAGAUUCUUUAUGCCAAUGAAGGUGAGAGCAAAAAGGAGCCAGAGUUUCCUGUUGAGCCACUGCCCAUCGGAGAGAAAUCCAGCUACAUCUGCCACAAGGGCCACGAGUUCAUCCCCACACUCUACCACUUCCCCACCAACUGUGAGGCGUGCACCAAGCCACUGUGGAACAUGUUCAAGCCGCCGCCUGCUCUGGAGUGUCGACGCUGUCACAUCAAGUGCCAUAAAGACCACAUGGACAAGAAGGAGGAUAUCAUUGCUCCCUGCAAAGUAAACUAUGACAUAUCUACGGCCAAGAACCUGCUGCUGCUGGCCGUGUCCCAGGAGGAGCAGCAGAAGUGGGUGAGCCGGCUGGUCAAGAAGAUCCCCAAGAAGCCUCCGCCAGCAGAGCACUUUGCACGCUCAUCGCCACGCACCUCCAUGAAGGUCCAGGCCAGCCAGUCCAUGAGGAGGCCCAGUCGACAGCUCCCCACCAGCAAGAGCAGCCCUCGCAGGUCAAAUGGCUUCAAAGUGAGGCGAGGAGACUCCAACAGUGAAGGGUUUCAAUGACGACUUUCCUCAAUCCUUUGCUUCCUUCAGCCAGAUGUUUACCCGUAAACAACUAAACUCCGGAAUUUAACCUUACUUGGGAGUGUGGUGCAUCUUCAAGGUGGUGGGAUGUGUUUCCUCCUAAAUCAAAGACUAUACACAAAGCUCUGUUUGCAGAUCCGCACACUGAACUCCACGUCACUCCUCCACAACCUGUCCUGCUUCAGCCUGUGAGAGCUACACACACAUUCAUUUUUCCCUGUCGUUGAACUUUAUGGGUUCAGUGUUUUCCGGUCAAAGCUAAACCCGCUCGUGAGCGCGUUAGCUUGGAGGUUUUCUCACCGGCCCUCGAUUAGAGCAUGUCGGUGUGUCUCCGUGGGGGCUGGAAAUAGCACAUUUAGCCCCCGGCAGAGCACAAGAGAGCCCUUUUUAUAUGCUCGACUCGAGAUGGAAGGAAGGGGGAUACACUUACCUCAAUGGUUCUCGCAUGGAAACUCUGCCUGAUUUAUGUCUGGACCCAGCAGAAAAACUCUUCACUCCACCUUUGGGAAUUCUUGUGGCCAAAUUUUUUUUUGUGUGUGUGUUGAAUGAUGUUGAACAAUAUUAAGGGUUAAAGGGGAACACUACACAGAGAAGAUGGUUGGCUUUGUCACAUGUUGGCUGAAUACAGUUGAACUUGAUCCCAGCUUAUCAACAUGGAUCGUAGCCGCUCUGUUUUCAGGUGCGUGUCCACACAGGGUCACAGAAAUGUGAAUGAGGUACUUGAGAGAAGGAGCGGUGUGGCUUCAUUCAGUUCUUUUUCCUCUGAGUGCCUGUUAUUCAGAUUUCUGACUGUGGCACGCUCUGAGUCACUGGUUUUUGUCGUUGAAGGACUUGCCAGUCGCGUGUGUGAGAAACACAAUCCUGCUCUGAAUGCCGAUCGAUGGACGACCAGCCGGACACGAGAUCCUCGCCAUCCCAUAAUCAGAAGUACUUUGUCAGCUGUGAGGGUUAAUGUUUACUGAAAUCACGGGGCGCACUGUUCGUGCUUUUCUGACCUGUGUGUUUGGUGUUUUGUUUUUUUUGUUUUUUGAAUGUACAUCUGGGCUUCGCCAGAGACAUCACACGAACAUUGUCCUCCUUUCCAAAUAUACUUGACUGAAGUGCUCUUUCAUGACCAACUGCUCUGAGUGAACGUGCAUGUGUUUGCCUUUUCAGGCCUCACACUUGAGUGCUGUCACCCACAGACCUCCACCUGUUCACUAAUGUGCUUUUAAGGUCAUUCCUGAUGAUGAUGAUGAUGAUGGUGAUGAUGAAAAUGAAGGGGAAGUAAAUGAAUGAGAACAAUGAAGGUAUGCAAUCAUAUCCCAGCAGUCAAAAUACUGAGCAGCACUAUUCCAUUGAAAGUUUGUUUUUUAUAAUUGUCCUGAUAUUUUUGUAUUAAAAGUAACCAAACUCUGAGUUUGGGCACAUUGUUGUAUGUGUGUAUGUGGCUUAUAUAGCAAAUGGAGAGUAAACUAUGUGUGUGAGUGCGUGCGUGCGUGCGUGUGUGUGUGUGUGUGUACCGAGUGGUCUCCUUUAACCAUGAAGCAUGUUUUAUACCUAUAAAUAUACACAGUAUAUAUAUUUUACAUGCCAUACAGUGCACAUUAUAUUAUUUAUACAGCCUUGUCCACUUUGUAUUUAAGGGCUUUACAUCCAGAUUGCAUGUUUGCUACCAAACAGCUCUAUAAUAAUAACCACUUCAAUAAAGACAUGGAUGUGCUUUUUC